GACAAGGUUGCGACUGCGCAAAAUUAUGGAUCUAGCUCUAGCUGAAGCUGAUGCUGGGGCUUUUGUUUUAGAUAUUAGACUCACACUCAGAUACUAUUGUUCUUGUUUUAGUUUUAGUUAUAGUUUUUGAUUUUGAUUUAGAUUUUUUAGACUUCACCUACACCUUCACCCUCAUCCUCAAGGUCAAGACCAAGUCCAAGUGUAAGUGUAAGUAUUACUAGUUUUGUAUUUGAGUUUGUUACUUAUUUGUUUUUGCGUAUCGCAAUCGAUUUCGAAUUCGAUACCAUCGCCAUUUCAGUUCGAGUUCCUGGCUCUGAGAAGUCAUGGCGUUAUCGAGUCUUAUCGAAAGUUUCAGUACUCCUACUCUCGCAGUCGCUUCUAUUCGAGCCACAGGCACAGGCUUCCCUAGUAUGUUGAUUCUUAGUCUUAGAGCAUCUAAUCCUUAAGGUUCAAGUGGCUCGAGGCUACCGAGGUUUCACUGGCGUGGGACACCAAGAGGUGCCGCCCGAUCGUUUCGUGCCGAUCAGCAGACGAGUACUGGGCACCCAAAGAGACGGACAUGGCCACAGUGUUGAAGUUAUGCUGGGACUGAUUUAGAUUUUUCCGCAAAUCCAAACUUCAACGAAAGUGAUACUAAGGCAUCAGUAAAAGUAGGGACUGGAAUUUGAAAUCACGUCAUUAUGUUUAUGACAGUCAUUGUUUUAAAUUUAAAUUCUUGUUCGUGGUAAAGGUAAACGUAAAGCAGUAGCAGGGGUAUUUAUCAAUGGUAACGAAUCGCUCACCUUCACCACGACCACCUCCAUAAGUUUUCUAAAUCUUCCGAGAAAG